CCCCUACUGCCCUGCUUUGUCGACUGUUGUUACCCUGUUUUAUCAUUCUUCCCUCUUGCUUGUCUUCAUUCGCCUGAGGAAUGGUGUUACUGAAAAAUGUAACCUUUCAGAAAGAGGCAGCAAAGCAGCUUGUACUGAAAGCCCUCGGUUCUUACAGAUGAAGUGACCGACAUCUUUGUGACCUGAGCUGUGUAGUCCGGUUGCGUGGUGGUCCAUUGAGACCAAAUCUGAAGGGUGGAGAAAUGGAAUAAUGGCCUGGAGGUGGGCAUUUGCCGCCGUUGGUGAUGUGGCUGAGUUCAGCAGAAAGUCAAGUGAUUUUAUCUAUUUUCUCCCCUUUGUAUGUGAUGGCUGUUCAGGUGUCUUUUGCCUACAGCACAGGAGCCGGGAUGCUCAUGGGUGUUCUGAGGUGAAUAUAAGGAACAACUCUGUGAAACCAGAUCAGCACAGAUCUUACCCAUGCUCAUACAAGGACUGCAACGGAAAGGAGCUUUUGCCAGUUUUAUGUCCCUACUGUGAAAAACAUUUUUGUCUAAGGCACCGGCAUCAGUCAGACCAUGAAUGUGAGAAACUGGACACCCCAAAACCCCGCAUGGCUGCCACCCAGCAGCUAGUUAAACACAUUAUAGAUUCUAAAAAGAACGAGGAAGCAAAAAGCAAAAAACGUAAAGGAGCGAAAAACAGUGAAACAGCAGCAAAAGUGGCUUUAAUGAAACUGAAGAUGCAUGCGUGUGGGGACAAGUCCUUGCCUCAGACAGAAAGAAUUUAUUUUCAAGUAUUUUUACCAAAGGGGAACAAAGAGAAGAGCAAGCCCAUGUUCUUUUGCAGUAAGUGGAGUAUUGGCAAAGUAGUUGAUUUUGCAGCUUCCUUAGCAAGCCUUAAAAAUGACAACAACAAAUCAACAUCCCAGAAAUUGAGAUUAUGCCAUAGUGCCUCUGGAGAAGCCUUGCCAUUUGAGCACACAUUGGAAACGUGGUUAUCUGAUAAAGACUGCCCAUUGUACAAUGGUGGAAAUAUCAUUUUGGAGUAUCUUGAUAAUGAUGUUCUAUUUAUAGAAGAUACAGAGUCGUACCUUAGUUAAUAAAUUACAACCAAAAUAAAAAUCAAAGAUUUUUAAAAGUAUGGUAUAUUCAAA